CGCGCGGUCCAUCUUUCUAAUAGCGUAGGGCUGGCACGGGCCAGCAGCCGCAUGAACUAGGAACCGGCUGCGCUUCCGUGUGUUGUCUGACGCUUUAUAAGACAAGAUGAUGAGCCUGCGGGCCGCCUCUCGCAAGCAGGAGCUGCCGUCGCUCCUGCUGGCUCAGGCGCGCCAGUAUGUGACUCCUCUUCGUGUGGAGUUCAGCGAGGGUGUGGCCACUCCUAAGAACAAGGAGUCCAGCUCCCUGCUGGAGGAGUGGAAGGGCAAGAAGGAGGCCACUGAGGGUGCCCUGAAGCUCAUGCAGGCUUACAAGGACGUGGGCGACAACAAGAGCGAGCCUCUGCUGAAGUUCCACAACCCGCGCUCGUUCGAGGACAUGAACGCGGCGGUGCCGAACUUCCGGGCCCAGAACCUGAAGCCCGGCGAGGUCGGCAAGUUCUUCGACAACGUGCUGCAGAAGCGCGCUGGCGAGGCCGUUGAUGCUAAGGGCAAGUGGUGGUCGCAGCGCAAGUCGGAGGCUGAGGCUGCCGCUGCCAGCAAGGACCUGGGGUCCUUCGGCACCCUGCCCGUGCCCGCCUGGCAGCUGGGCAAGCCCCUGUCGCUGGAGGCCGUGAACCAGGUGGCUGAUGCCUACCUGAAGUCCCUGGAGCCGGCUCGCAAGCUGUCCAUCCCCGCGGUGCCCGCCUCCGUGAAGGACAGCCUGCCCGCUGAUGCCGUGGAGGCGCUCACCAAGGCGAUUGCCGACAAGGUCACCGUCACCGAGAACGGCAAGCCGGUGCAGGGCUUCCAGUUCGUGAGCAAGGCCGUGGCUGCCAAGGUGCUGGCUGCUCGCCGCGCUGAGGUGCACGAGCGGUACGUGAAGAUGUGGGCCAAGAAGGUGCUGGUGUCCCCCGAGCUGGCGGCCGUGCCGCUCAAGGACAUUGACGGCCAGCUGGCCUCGAAGUUCGAGCUGCUGGCGCCCCAGUACGCCGACCUGCUGCAGGCCGCCACCUCGGGCUCCAAGACCCUGGCGGAGCGCAUGUCGCACCACCCCGCCCUGGACAGCUUCCUGCUCAAGCGCGAGAAGGAGGCCAUCAAGGAGGACUUCCCCGUCUCUGAGCUGGAGGCCGCCGGCGCCGCGCUGGCCAAGGAGCUCGAGGCCGACCCGUCCGCCGCCCUGGAGCGCCUGCUGGGCCCCGAGCUGCAGUCGGGCCCGCUGGCUGGCAAGCCCCUCAGCGAGGUGGUGGCCGCCGUGACGGCGCACAAGUACUCGUCCGACCGCUACAUGUACCGCGAGGGCAUGAAGCUGGCUGCCCGCUACAAGGCCGAGGAGGACGCCCUCAAGGGCGAGCUCAAGGCUGUGUACGGCGAGGACGUGGACGUUGCUCGCUACCAGGCCCAGCCGCGCACCCCCGCUCAGCAGGUGGUGGACCGCCUGAAGGAGCUGGAGGCGCGCGCCGCCGAGUUCAAGGCGGAGCUGGAGGCCGCCGACAACGCCUACCUGCGCUACGCCGCCGCCAAGAAGCAGCAGGUCCUGACCGACCCCACCAACAUCGCCUUCGACGAGGUGCUGUACCCGGGUCUGGUGGAGGAGCUGAUGGACAUCGAGCUGGCGGAGCUCAAGGAGGAGGAGAUGAAGGUCGACGACGCCGAGGAGGAGGAGCUGUGGAUGCUCACCCUGUCGGCUCAGUUCCGCCACAUCCAGAAGCACUUCGGUGUGGACCUGCCGCACAGCGUGCUGGCCUACAUGGACCCGGUGCUGGUCAAGAAGAUCGACUGGGAGACCACCAACGGCCUGGAGGACUGGGACAUCACCCUGGACGACAUGGGCGCCGAGGCGGCCAAGGAGCAGUGGGGCAUGGAGAACCUCUCGCACCACUUCCUGCCGCUCAUCCGCUACCGCCGCGAGAAGGCCCGCAAGCAGGUCGGCCGCUUCGAGGCCGAGCUGGUUGCCAGCCGCAGCGCGUAAGCGCCAGCUGCAGCGUGAGGAAGGGUGGCGGUGGCGGCAGGCUGGCUGGCGACAGCCGGUCGUCCGUCGCCGCUGCUCCGAAGCGGCGGUGUAUGCGCGACGGGGAAGACCGGGUGCGCAGCACCGUUGCGCGCCGCAGUUUGGGAGUCUUCGGAUUGUGGGUAGUGGUGGUGGUGGUGUCUCCGCCGGCGAAGCACGCACGGAGUGCAGCGUAGCGAGGCUGCGUGGCGGCUGUGUGGCCUGGACGGAGCUGCAGCUCUUGCUUGUGGCUCCCCUGAGGGUGGCAGCUGCUUACGUGGCUGGUCGUCCAGUGGCUCGCGCUGACGAACUCGUUUGCACGGCGUGUUGACCAUCCAGGCGGUGGUUGAUGUCCUGUAUGGGCAGAGGUUGCUGCGGGGCAGAGGGAGGUGUUUGCAGUUCUGCUCGGUUACCGUAUCGGGUGUUUGCGGUGAAAGGGGAGUGGCCUAUAGGCUAAAUGCGGGUUUCGGGUCGGACCUUCAUUGUAGACGAGGAGUAUUAGGGCCAAGCGGGAGGGAACGAACGGGGGGCUGCAGUGAGUGAGCGGUGUACGCGCUCACGGCGAACCUCCGGCAGUUCAGAGGCGGCUGCGUGUUGGUGCAUUCCUUUUAGUGACUGCAACGCCGCGGGCGUGUCUUGGGACCUUCGUUGCGCGCGUUGGCAGGCGGACCCGUCUAACAAAACAAUGGCUUGACAAUCUGAGCUUGAAACACAUGCGUGUGCUUCGUUCCCAAGUCCAUGUUGUAACGGCUCCAAAGCCGUUUGGCCACUCCCUUCCAGCCAGCCCAGGUCAUGCAUGGCUACAACACAGCGCGUGAGCAGUCGGCACUGGUCAAGUGGCAUCGAACCCUCUUUCCGAAGGCUUCAUUGCCUCUGCUUCGAAGUCCUGGCUGUUGUCCUAUGUUAGAUGCAAAACAAGAAUUAGCACAGGCAGGGGUGCGGACAUAGCACAUGUGGGCUGGUUUGGUCUGCAGAGACCGAAGAGGCACAGAAUGUGAGUAUUCUGAGUAAGCCCUAAGGUCAGCAACUUGUUUGUCGCGACGGUCGGGCUCCGCACUCUAUAUCGCGACGAUAUAACUGUAGGCUUUGUCUUCGCUUUACUAACUUAAUACAAAAAUAAGGCUAGCCACUACAUCGCGCAUGCGUUUUUGCUGCGGCCCGAGCCGCGCAGGUUCAUUUCAACAGCGAGCUCCUUAUAGCAGCACCUUAGCCGUGCCCUCCCGUUGCACAAAGCAGUGCAGUAUAACCACACGAUGUGCGCAAAGAUCUGCGGAAAUUUACCAGACCGUCGAGGGCACUCUGCGUGUGUUCGCGGUCAGCGACCUGCACACCCAUCAUCGGGAGAACUUCAAAUGGGUGCAGCAGCUCUCCACUUGCGACUACCUUCAGGACGUGCUAAUCGUGGCAGGGGACGUCAGCGACGACCUCCAGGAGCUCAGGUCCACACUCGCGGCCCUGCAGCAGCGCUUCGCCGUGGUGUUCUUCUGCCCGGGCAAUCAUGAGCUCUGGGUACACAACCACCAGCGCAACCGCCACAACCACCACCACCACCAUCAACCACCUGAACCGCAGCAGCAGCACCCAGCCACGGACCCCUCCACGCCAACCAAGCAACCCCAGCCUCUAUCAGCCUUGCAGCCUCCUGCUCCUCCCCCUCCCCCUCCUGCCGACAGCGUAUCCAAGCUAGCUGCGGUGCUGGGGUUGUGCGGG